AUGGCCUGUCACCCAGUAAAUGACAUACGGUGUGAGCAUAUAAACGUCACAUCUGCCAUGGAAAACCUAACCCUGGCAACCAAUCAUUUAGAAUGUGACUUGGCUGAGAGCGCAUCCAGGAGGAAGCUGUUUCUGUUUUUCUACCUGGCUAUAAUCAUCACUUCCAUCCCGUCCAACGCCUUCUCCCUUUAUGUGUCCUGGCAGCACAUUAGACAGAAGAACGAACUUGGUGUUUAUCUAUUCAGCCUGGCCCUAAGUGACCUGACCUUCACUGUCGGCCUUUCUCUGUGGCUGGACUUCCUGUGGAGGGGAGUUUGGACCCAUGGAGGCUAUGUUUGUGUGCUAUCUGUCUACUUUCUCUUCACUAACUUUUACACCAGCGAUGCUCUCCUCUGCUGCAUUGCUGUUGACCGUUACCUGGCAGUGGUUCACCCAUUGAAGUACACCUUCUUGAGGAAAGUUGGCACUGCAGUAGUGGUCAGCAUUGCCAUUUGGGUGUUGGUGGUCUGUUUCAAUGCCACCACCAUCACCUGGGAGGACUCAUACCAUGAAAACAACAAGUUUUCUGUGUGCUUUGAUAUCUUCCUCCCACUGUCAGAGAACUUGGCUCGGGCUAAUGUGGCACGCUUCUUCCUGGGCUUUAUUGUUCCAGUUCUCCUGGUGUUGUUUACCACCUGGGGUAUCUGUGAGGCAGUGAAAUCCAACCAGGCCACAGAGGAACAGGAACGUAAACGGAUUUCAAAGCUGCUGACAGUAGUUCUAAUCUGCAUUUUGUUCUGCUUCGGACCUGUCCACGUCAUGAUGCUUAUCCGCGUACUAGUGGAUGACUGCAGGAAGGUUGCAUGGUUCCUUUAUCCGUACAAGAUCAGCAUAGCUAUCUCAACCCUCAACUGCCUUGCAGACCCUCUCCUUUACUGCUUCAUCACUAGAACAGGGAAGGCAAAUGUCUCUAAGGUUGUUCUCUUCUGCCAGCUAAAGAAGAGAAGCAAAGAUGAAGGUGUGGUGUAGGUUGAAUAAAGUACA